AUGUCUAGAGCUAAUAAGAAAGUCUCUACCCUGAAGGGGAGGAAGAAGGGGGAUAAGUCUAUCACAGGAUCUGGAGUGAAAAAUCCAACUGUGGUGAGACACCAGGUCCCUCCAAGGCAGAAUCAUCUUUCACAACACAAUGUGAAUAGGCUGCAUGCUCCUUCAUAUUCAAUGGCUUCUAUGUCUUCAAGCACUCUUAGAAGAGGUAUUGGAAGUGGAGCUUCUCUUCCUCAUCAAAGGGGAUAUGAAGGCCAUGUCUUUACAAGACCAGAUGAGUGUCAAGCAGCUCAGAAUAACUUUGUAAUUAAUCAAUAUCAUGCAAGAGAGAUGCUUCAAACCCUAACAGAAGAAGUCAAUGGUUUGAACAGAGACAGGGAAGAACUGAGAAGAACAACAGAAAAUGCACAAAAAGCUUAUAAAUAAAACAAUAGAUUAUCUCUCACCAUCAAUUAAAGGCCAAGAAGGUCAUUGCAUUACCACUGAAGGAGCUAUGAGAGAAGAUCCUCCAGAGAAGGUCUUCCUCGAAGCGAUCUCUCUCUCAAAAGAUUUGGUGCAGCAAACUUGAGAAAUUAUGAAAACUCCGACCAAAAUAGAUUUUAAUGAAGAUAAUGAACAUUUUAGAGACACUGAUAAAGUUCUUCAUAUGUCUCCUCCUCUAUCAAGAUAUAAUCCAACCACUAUGCAGCAGACUUUUGAGCUGAACUUAGAUGGGAUCACCCUAAAGGAUCUUGAAAUUAUGAAGAAGCAGAACGAGGCUCGCUUAAAGGCUAUCGAGGACCAAUACUUCACUAAAGAUGUAGAGCUAACUUGAAAUAUAGCCAAAUUGGAAGAGCUUACUAAAGAUGAACAAUACAUCAUCAAGUCGAAGGACAACAUUGUCAACAUACCUCUGAACAGUCUCGCUGAGAUCAAUGGAGACAUGAUCAACUUAGAUGAUGAGGAAGAGGAGAACGAACAAACAAAGUCCUUCUCUAAAAGACUGAUAUACGAGCUGAGAUUUGAAAAGUACCUUAAGAGGAAAAUUAAAGAUGAAAUUGUCCGGAAAGAGAAGUUCAAGAAGGACCAGUAUAUCUCUCCAGAAGAGCUGGAAAAAAUCCAGAAGAAGCUCAAGUUAGAGAACAUGGUCAAAAAGAAGCUUGGAGGCAAGAUCCUGACACCUGAAGAGGAAGAGAUCCAACGGAUCCAAGAUCAAGCGAGGAUUGACUGCGACGAUGAAUAUCUGAUCAUCAUCAAGCAGAUCUUCAAUGACUGUCUUGAAGACAGCGAGAACCUUCACCCUAAUGAACCAGAUGAAGAUAACUACGAGAGAAAGCCACUAGAUUCUGUGGAUAAAGACAUAUUUGUCUCCAGAGUUCUUUCUGAAGAAAAGGUUAAACCAUUCCUACAUGUAUUAGCUAGAGAUCCUCAAGGAGCUUCUUCAAUAGAUUCUGAGAGCUUCUUCCAGGUGCUGACUAGGAUGCAAAAUUAUUGCCAACAAAAGUACAUCACUUGGGACAAAAUCUUGCCAUAUUUUACAAGGAAAGGAGGUCCAAUUUCUGAGAUCGAUAUCAAAAAGCUGAUCCCAAAAUCUGAUAAAGUCAAGGAAAUUGAUGAAGAUGAGAGAGCUGCUCGUAACAAGAAGAUUAACCACCAAGUACGUCAGAAAAUGUCUCAGAUGCCUAAAUUCCCAAAGAAGGACGGAGAGGGAAAAUACAAAAUUACAGUCCCAAAAGCUCCACAAUCUGAGAAAAGAGACCAAAGAAAAGGCCUCAGUAUUAGAGAACGCAAGCUCCAAGAAAUGAUAAAGUAUGACGAUAUCGAGGAUGAAUAUGAGCUUUCUCAGAAAUUCAGGGCUAAACCAAUCCCAAAAUCUACUCUUGAGCCAAGAUUUAAGAAGAUUAUGGAAGCCAAUGAGAAAAGACGUAAUGAUGUAAAACAGAGAUCAAUUGCGAUGACAAAGCAAAAUGAGAAGCCAUUCUCUUUCUAUGAGAGAGAUAUGAAAAAGCUUUUCCAGCCUCCAGUUUAUGAUCCCGAGUAUGAUGUCAUGAACUAUGAGCCAUUUAAAGCUAAUCCAGUACCUGGUCACGCAAAAAUUCAGAUGUUCCAGUAUAAGACUAAUAAGGAGAACAAGGAAAGAGAUGCAAGGAUUAAAGAAAUGGCUGAACUUUCUCUUUCUCAGUCAAGACUUCCACCAAGAAUGGCAGUAUAUGAGAACCAAAGGCUCACUGAAAAGACCCAAAAGAGAUCGAAAUCUCUUGAUAAUCCAGAAUUUACAUUCAAACCAGUGAGAAGCAGGCCUGUCCCUGACUUUGAGAGGAUACAUUAUGAGUUCCAGAAAGAACUAGAGGCUAAAAGAAGGUCCAAGAGUGUCACCAAAGGAGAACCUUUCCGAUUCAGUGAAGCAAAGCCUAAUAAGGUACUCCGCCAAUACAUGGAUGCUCAAAACAGGCCCGAAGAGAAGUUGAUGACGUUUAAAAUGAGGAAGACACAGGCUGAGAUAGACUCCCUCAAGCCACCCACUAAGACUGCACAAAGCACUCUUAAGUUUGAUUCUCAAGUCGCUAUGAGAAGAGCUGAACUGGAAGCCAAGCUCCAGAAAGAGCUUGUACAAGCAAGAGAUGAUAUAGAUAGGGAGUAUAAGACUACUAGGAUGAAGGAUAGAGUCAUGAAAUCCCCUGCAAUCCAUAACAAUACUCAGUGCCUUAGAGAGAUGCGUGAGAGAUCCCAGAGACAAGCUAAAGAAAACAUGGAGUUUCUAGAAAAAGUAUAUGAUAGAAAGAGAGCCGAGAUCGAUGUUAAUGUCGCUAACCGUCCCUUGCUAGUCGAGAUGCAAUCUAAAGACUUCUAUAACCAGUAUGUUCAAAUGCAGGAGGUUGAGAAAUAUGCAAAUCUGUUAGAGGAAGCUAAGUUUGAUCCGAAUGAACAUCUGACAGAGCAUCAAAAGAUAUUACUCAAGAAGGCAGAAGCAUUUGAGCAACUUAAUGCAGAGCAUGCUUAUUUUCCAACUGUAAAUCAAGCAUUUUUAUGCCAACCACUCCAAGAGUCGAUGCAAGUACAGCAGUUUGACCAAGAAUUUGCACAAGAUGAUAUGGAAGAUGAGAUGGAAAAUGAGGGAUACACUCAACAACUCAAUGAAGUCCCUGAGAUGGAGGAGCAUGAUGAAGGAGGUGACUCAGAAAUAGACCAAAUGCCACCCCAAUAUGAUGAGGACUAUGAAGAACAAUACGACAACCCUCCACAACCAGAAAUGAUGGCUUAA